GCAGACUUUUCAGCCUGAGGCAUGAGGUAAGACCCUUGCCAUCGAACCCGCGGUUCAUUCGAGGCAUGGGGCUAAGCCUCGCCGCCUCCUUCGUGUUCCUGCCACCGGACCAGACUUCGCAGGCCUCCUCGAAGCACAUCUUCUGGGACGAGCGGCCGGCAAAAGCGCCCGGCGGCGGUGUCCGCCGGCCUUUCCUGUGGUUUUCUUCGCCGGAGCCGCGAGACAAAAGGACGGUGAUUUUCUUCCAUGGCAACGCAGAGGACCUGCAGCUGAUAGAGGCAGAUCUGUUCUUGUUUACCAAGGCCAUGAAGUGCAACGUCCUGGCCGUGGAGUACCCGGGCUAUGGGCUCUCGCGCCAGAGCAAGGGCUCCGAAGAGGUGAGCUUUGCGGGUGUGGAGGAUGUGGGUAUGCAUGCGCUGGCCUACUGCUGCCAGGAGCAGGGCAUUCACCCUUCUCAGAUCGUCCUGCAUGGGCGCUCACUGGGCAGUGCGCCCGUGUUGCGCCUGGCACAGCAAGCUUAUGACCUGCUUCGCUGGGAGAUCGGCGGCAUCAUACUGCAGUGCCCCUUCAUUAGCAUCCGCCAAGUCGCGGCAGACUAUGCUGGCAUGGCAGGCAGCCUGCUGAUUCCUUCAGACUGCUACAACAACAUGGAUGCGCUGCAGCGCUUGUGCCCUAAGUCGGGCGGGCGGUUCGUGCCGAUUCUCAUCCUUCACGGGGAGCUGGACAAGGUGAUCAAGCCUUAUCACGGCCGGGCGCUUCUGCAACAGGCUUUGGACAGCGGCCACCCCGCGAUUGAGGGGCAUUUCCCCAGCAACGCCACUCACAAUCACUGGUCGCUGCGCGAAGACCUGGUCAAGCCUGCAGACUCGUUCCUGCAGCGGCACGUGGAAGGUUGGCGUGAAGAGGUCCCAUGGCUGGGAAAUGGUAUUUCGCUGAGAUGCUUCUAGACAAGCCCUUGGGAUCGCCGGUGCGAAGCGCUCGGCAUCCAAUUGCCAACUUGGUUUUUUUUGGAAGACAGCAGUCACGGAGCUGUUUGAACAACUCUCAAGGGUUUGGCGAGCCAAAUGGUCAUAGCUCAACGUGCGAGAGCCAAAGAUAUGCCUUCGCUCGACGCCAAAUGGGUGUGUCUUUUUGGAGUGUACGGCUAAGCGCUCGAACAUGUGCACA